UUUUCUUUCUCCCUCUACUCUUCUUCCUUUUCCUCAUCUUCUUCAUUUUUAUCUUCUCUCCCUCUUUCUCAUCCUGCUCAUCAUCUUCUUCUUGGUCACAAUUCUCAUUUUCAUAGAUAAUCUUGAUUCAAAGUCGUUUCAGAUCAAAACCUGAAUUCAACUGAACACGUUCAUUGAAACACGAAAACAAAAAGUUCCAAUAAAUUUGAAUGACUCGAAAAUUCAAUUUCCUAACAAAUAAACAAAACUUUUCAUCAACUUUCUCAUAGAUUUUCAUGAUUAAAUGUUAAUCUAUACUAAUCCAGUUCCCUGUUAAUCUUAGGUUGAUUUGAAUUUUAAUUGUGUUUAAUAAUAUUACUCUUUGAUGAUUAAUUGUUAUUCUUACAAUUCCUUAUGUUUACUAAUGUUGUUAACAAAUCAACUUUACCAAAUUCAUUGAGAAAUACACUUCCUAGAGUAACAAUUAAAGAUAAUCCAAUAUGUCUAGAUGAUCAACUUUUAACUAAUCAACAACAAUCUCACCAUUAUCACCAUCAAUCAUCUGAUUUGAUUGAUCUUGACCAUCAUAAUCAACAAUCAACCCAACACCAUCAUCUACAAUCUAAUCAUGCAAUUAAUGGCAAUAAUCAAGGUACCAAUGGGUUAAUCUUUAAUCCAACUGGUGAUCCAACUAAUUUACUAAUUGGUCAACAUGAAGCUCAUAUUAAUAAUAUUAAUAGUUUCCAUCCAAGUGAUUUAGUUAAUCUUUCACCAUCAUCGUCAAUAAUUAAGCCUUAUUACAAUUGGAAACGAUUAACUGUUUAUAUUGUUUUAACUGUGAUCUUAAUUUUAGUGAUAAUUAAUGGAGCAACAACAAUUUGGAUAAUGGCACAAAUCAAUUUCUCAAUGGAUGGAAUGGGAAGUUUAUCAAUUGAUUCUCAAAGUAUUAAGCUCAAUGGUCAAGCUUUUUUCCUUAAAGAUUUAAUCUCACCCAGAAUCUCAUCGCCAAAGGAUAAAAGAAUCCGAAUUAGCUCAAAAAUUGGAACUGAAUUAAGAAUCGGUAAAGAUUCUGGUGAUGGUAAAAUUGGAAAUAAAUUACAGUUAACUAAAUCAACUGUUGUCGCUGUUUCGGACCAAUUAACAAUUAAUAAUCAUUUGGGAAAACCACUUUUAACCUUAGAUGAUGAAGGACUUAAAUUAACUCCUACAAGGAUUAAGAUCACAGGUUCAGAUGAAGUUCAACUACAGGGAUCAAUUCAAACAACUUCCGUUAAAUGUUCAUCAUCUUUAUCCUCAUCACCUUUACCCUUAAAUCUUAGUAUCAGCUCAUCAACACGGCGAAUAUUAAUCAAAUCAAUUAAUCAUGUUAAUCUGGAUGCAAAUUAUGGUAAUAUUACAAUCGAAAGCCUUAAAGAUUUUCAACUAAUUUCAACUAACCGAAAGAUUAACCUUAAUUCUACAUGGAUUAUUUUGGAUAAUCUAAAAACGGUAGUUGCAAGUCGAUCUGGUAAAAGUUAUCCAAACAUACUGUCCCUUUGUGCUUGUCCGAAUGGUCAAUUGUUCAUCUCAUCGAAUAACAAUCAAUGUAUCGCUCAUGAUAAUUUCUGUAACAAUCAUAGUCCAAUUAACGAUAAUCAACAUAAAUCAAAAGGUUCAUCGUGAUUAUUAUUGAGAUAAUAAUAAAAUUGGAGUCAAUUAAA